GGGGCGGAGGCAGCGGCAGUGGAGUUGGCUGCGUGCGGGUGGGGGCUCGCCGUCUCUCAGCUUGUGUCGGUCUCUGUUGUCGCUCUCUGCUCCGCUCCUGACGGGCCGCCCCAAACCUCAACAUGUCGUACAACUAUGUGGUAACGGCACAGAAACCCACCGCCGUGAACGGCUGCGUGACCGGACAUUUUACUUCAGCAGAAGACUUGAAUCUGUUGAUUGCCAAAAACACAAGAUUAGAGAUCUAUGUGGUCACUGCAGAGGGGCUUCGGCCAGUCAAAGAGGUGGGCAUGUAUGGGAAGAUUGCAGUCAUGGAGCUUUUCAGGCCCAAGGGGGAGAGCAAGGAUCUGCUGUUUAUCUUGACAGCUAAGUAUAAUGCCUGCAUCUUGGAGUAUAAGCAGAGUGGAGAGAGCAUUGAUAUCAUUACACGAGCCCAUGGCAAUGUCCAGGAUCGUAUUGGCCGCCCCUCAGAAACUGGCAUUAUUGGCAUCAUUGACCCUGAGUGCCGGAUGAUUGGCCUGCGACUCUAUGAUGGUCUUUUCAAAGUUAUUCCACUGGACCGUGACAAUAAAGAGCUCAAGGCAUUUAACAUCCGCCUGGAGGAAUUGCAUGUCAUCGAUGUCAAGUUCUUGUAUGGUUGUCAAGCGCCUACCAUAUGCUUUGUCUACCAGGACCCUCAGGGGCGGCAUGUAAAAACCUAUGAGGUGUCUCUUCGAGAAAAGGAAUUCAAUAAAGGCCCUUGGAAACAGGAAAAUGUAGAAGCUGAGGCUUCCAUGGUGAUUGCAGGCUUAUGGCCACUGCGAUCUGACCCUAGCCGUGAGACGGAUGACACUUUGGUGCUCUCUUUUGUGGGCCAGACCAGAGUCCUCAUGCUAAAUGGAGAGGAAGUGGAGGAAACUGAACUGAUGGGUUUUGUUGAUGAUCAGCAGACUUUCUUCUGUGGAAAUGUGGCUCAUCAGCAACUUAUACAGAUCACAUCAGCAUCUGUGAGGCUGGUCUCUCAAGAGCCCAAAGCUCUGGUCAGUGAGUGGAAGGAGCCCCAGGGCAAGAAUAUUAGCGUAGCCUCCUGCAACAGCAGUCAGGUGGUGGUUGCUGUAGGAAGAGCCCUCUACUACCUGCAGAUCCAUCCCCAGGAGCUACGGCAGAUCAGCCACACAGAGAUGGAACAUGAAGUGGCCUGCCUAGACAUCACUCCAUUAGGAGAUAGCAAUGGUUUAUCCCCACUUUGUGCCAUUGGCCUCUGGACAGACAUCUCAGCCCGUAUCUUAAAGCUGCCAUCUUUUGAACUGCUGCACAAGGAGAUGCUGGGUGGAGAGAUCAUUCCUCGUUCCAUCCUGAUGACCACUUUUGAGAGUAGCCACUACUUACUUUGUGCCUUGGGAGAUGGUGCCCUAUUCUACUUUGGGCUCAAUAUUGACACAGGCUUGUUGAGUGAUCGUAAGAAGGUGACCUUGGGCACGCAGCCCACAGUAUUGAGGACUUUCCGUUCUCUCUCUACCACCAACGUGUUUGCUUGCUCUGACCGCCCCACUGUCAUCUAUAGCAGCAACCACAAGUUGGUCUUCUCCAAUGUCAACCUCAAGGAGGUGAACUACAUGUGUCCUCUCAACUCAGAUGGCUAUCCUGACAGCCUGGCACUGGCCAACAAUAGCACCCUCACCAUUGGCACCAUUGAUGAGAUUCAGAAGCUGCACAUUCGAACAGUUCCCCUGUAUGAGUCUCCGAGGAAGAUCUGUUAUCAGGAGGUGUCCCAGUGCUUCGGGGUCCUCUCCAGCCGCAUUGAAGUCCAAGACACGAGUGGAGGCACAACUGCUCUGAGGCCCAGCGCCAGUACCCAGGCUCUGUCCAGUAGUGUCAGUUCCAGCAAGCUGUUCUCCAGCAGCACCGCUCCUCAUGAGACCUCCUUUGGAGAAGAGGUGGAGGUGCACAACCUCCUCAUCAUUGACCAGCAUACCUUUGAAGUGCUUCAUGCACACCAGUUUCUACAGAACGAAUAUGCUCUCAGCCUGGUCUCCUGCAAGUUGGGCAAAGACCCCAAUACAUACUUCAUUGUGGGUACAGCUAUGGUGUAUCCUGAAGAGGCAGAGCCCAAGCAGGGUCGCAUUGUGGUCUUCCAGUAUUCGGAUGGAAAACUACAGACUGUGGCUGAAAAGGAAGUGAAAGGCGCUGUGUAUUCUAUGGUGGAGUUUAACGGGAAGCUCCUUGCCAGCAUCAACAGCACGGUACGGCUGUAUGAGUGGACCACAGAGAAGGAGCUCCGCACCGAGUGCAAUCACUACAACAACAUCAUGGCCCUCUACCUGAAGACCAAGGGUGACUUCAUCCUUGUAGGUGACCUCAUGCGCUCAGUGCUGCUGCUUGCCUACAAGCCCAUGGAGGGAAACUUUGAAGAGAUUGCCCGAGAUUUUAAUCCCAACUGGAUGAGUGCAGUGGAAAUCUUGGAUGAUGACAAUUUCCUGGGGGCUGAAAAUGCCUUCAACUUGUUUGUCUGUCAGAAGGACAGUGCUGCUACUACUGACGAGGAACGGCAGCACCUACAAGAGGUUGGGCUCUUCCAUCUGGGCGAAUUUGUCAACGUCUUCUGCCAUGGCUCUCUGGUUAUGCAGAAUCUGGGCGAGACUUCUACCCCUACACAGGGCUCAGUGCUCUUUGGCACAGUCAAUGGCAUGAUUGGGCUGGUGACCUCACUGUCAGAGAGUUGGUACAACCUCCUGUUGGACAUGCAGAACCGACUCAAUAAAGUCAUCAAAAGUGUGGGCAAGAUCGAACACUCCUUCUGGAGAUCCUUUCACACUGAGCGAAAGACAGAGCCAGCUACGGGCUUCAUCGAUGGUGACCUGAUUGAGAGUUUCUUGGAUAUUAGCCGUCCCAAGAUGCAAGAGGUCGUGGCAAACCUACAGUAUGAUGAUGGCAGUGGUAUGAAGCGAGAGGCCACAGCUGACGACCUCAUCAAGGUUGUGGAGGAGCUCACUCGGAUCCAUUAGCCCAGGGCAGGGAGCUCCUUUCCUGCUCUCCCUGAAGGCUCUGCUGUUCUGCCCUCCACCCUCCCUUUCCUCUCCCACCGUUGUCUUCUUGGCCAUGGGAGGCUUUUCCUUAAGCCCGCUGCCCUGAAAGCCACAGCUCACCUUUGUGGAAAUGGGGCUUUCUUAGAACUAAAACCAGUUCACUGGAGACUUGGGAAUGGGCUGAAGGUGGGGUAUUUUCUCCCUGGAUUUUUACCAGUCUUAUAUGAUUCCAGCCAUCACCUUGGACCACCAAGUCUUGAUUGGUGUGCCAGUUGUCCUCCUUCUGGGGAGGGAUUCUGCAGCCCUUGGGCUGAAAGGAAGCUCUGUGUGUGUGUGUGUGUGAGGAAGCUCUGUGUGUAUGUGUGUGUGUGUGUGUGUGUGUGUGUGUGUGUGUGUCUGAGUGUACGUGUGUCUCACACUCAUGCUUUGUCCUCUUUUUAUUUAGGUUGUGGGUGUGGGGAGGUGAAGGCACAGGGAAGUGUCAGGAGGGUUUCAUUGUCAUGAAAUGAGCUUCCUUUUGCUUUCUUCUCUCGCCUCUGAGAACAUCAGCCUGGAUGCCUGUCAGGUCAUGGGCUGCCUGAGUGGGAACCUGGGAUGGUGGAUGAUCCCCAAGCCACAGCCCUUUUGUCUCGGGGAACUCCCUUCUUCACAGAGAAGGUGGGGGCUGUGAAUUGGUUGGUAGUUUCUGAGUUUUACCAAAUAAAGUAGAAUCUAAGAAGAAAGA